UUUCUAUGGUGGGCAGUGAUGUUGUGAACGAAAGUUAGAAAGAUUGAAGUUCCUUUUUCCUAUUCUGUAGACAUUCCUUGAACGCAUCUUUAGGGAAGUAGCUCGCGGCACUGACAUGACAACGCUGAGUUUGAACCAUCGCUCUGUCGCACUGACUUGAGUCACGCUCCACGUUCAGCUCCACCUUAACGCAGGCUUCAUCCUAUUGACGUGGGACUGAGCCAUGGCCAGUGUCCAGAUCCGUAAAUACCGGGAUGAGGAUGCAGAGGCUGUGAAGGAGCUCUUCACCCUGGGGAUGAGUGAGCAUGUGCCGUCCUCCUUCAUGCACCUGCUGAAGCAGCCGCUGACCCAGCUGGUGCUGAUGGUGCUGGUCUGCGCUCUGCUCACGAGCUCCAAGUCCUUCCUGCUGCCCAUCCUGGCUGCCACCCUGUUUUUGGCCGCGUCCCGGCAGUCCGUCGUCUUCAUGUUUAACAGAUACAUCGACGCCUCCAUCAAGGACGACCUCGGCAACAUCAGCGAGACGUACCUGAAGCGGAAGGAGUCGUGCUUCUGGGUGGCGGAGAGCGAGGGGCGGCUGGUGGGCACGGUGGGCUGCCUCCCUGCCGCCGCGGCGCCCGCGUGCCUGGAGCUGAAGCGCCUGUGCGUGUGCCGCAGCCACCGCGGAAUGGGCAUCGCCAAGGCCCUGUGUGCGACGGUGGCCGAGCACACGCGCCACAGCGGCUUCGCGGCCGUGCAGCUGCAGACGUCUGUGGUGCAGACGGACGCUCAGAAGCUGUAUGAGAACCUGGGCUACGUCAGAACAAAGGAGUUUAGUGCCCCUGGGUUUAUUGCCAGUGUCCUGAACUUUACUCUGUUUGAGUACAGAUUGGAUUUAGACACCGACAGGAAAAGUGACUGAUACUUAUACACAUUUCAGGGCAGCUGAGCCAUCGGUCGUCCUUUCAUAUUUAUACAUUACUUCAGGCAACACACACUCAGGAUCACGCACACGCGAGACACACUUGCAGUAUCAGAUCAGACUUCUUCCUUGUUACAGGCACAGCUUCAUCUUUAAUCACUGUUGAAUUAUGAAUAUUCACUAACCCUGCAGUCAGUCUUGAAUUAUUUGUGUUGAAGUUACUGAAAGCUGUGAUUAUUUGAUUUUGUAAAAUGAAGUUGUUUAAACAUACUUUGAAUAAACUGCUUGCAUCUAUGA